UUUGGAAAAAAUCCUGCCAGAUAUUUUUCUCUCUCAUUCUCGUUGGAUCAGUUCCUAUUUUUACGCUGCAACCUUCAGCGUUCUUCUUCCUUUCAUCACGAAGAUUUCUCUGAAAUCUUCGCCAGACUCAUGAAAAUCAACAUGGUAUCAGAGCAAUAGAUUUCUGAUCUGAAGCUUCUUUGCUGUUCUUCGUUUCUUUUCAUCUUGUUUCUACUGAUCGAUUUUCAUCGCUAAUAUUAGCAAUGGCAAAUUCUGGAGUUCCUGCUAAUUCUACAAUCGGACCUACGAAUCCUUUAUAUCUUCAUCUUUCUGAUAAUCCUGGGAUGAAUCUGAUAUCCAAACAGUUUGAUGGAGAAAGAUUUGGUUCGUGGAAGAAGUCCAUGUCAAUUGCUUUAUCUGCAAAAAAUAAACUGGAAUUCGUGAAAGGAAAUAUUGUGAAACCGAUUGGAGAUCCACCACAACUCAGCGCUUGGCAACGCUGCAAUGACAUGAUAACUUCUUGGAUCCUGAAUGCGCUGACUAAGGAAAUUGCAGACAGUGUUCUAUAUGCCAAUUCAGUGUGUGAGAUCUGGACAGAGCUUGAAGAGAGAUAUGGUCAGUCCAACGGUGUGAAGCUUUAUCAGCUACAGAAGGAAAUGGUUUCAGUUGCACAAGCUGUGGAGGCUUUGCUUAAAUAUGAGCAGGAUCAGAGACUUGUACAAUUUAUAAUGGGACUGAAUUCUGAUUACAAUGCUAUUAGAGGGAAUAUUUUGCUAAUGAGGCCUUUACCAACUGUUAGUCAAGCUUAUGGACUUUUGAUUCAUGAAGAAAGGCAAAGAGGAAUUCAAGCUUCUUCACCUCUUGUCUCAGAACAUGCCUCUUUAAAUGUUAAUAGUCACAAUUCAUUCAAACCUGGAAGCAAUAUAGGAGGUUACAAAGGCAGAUUUGAUAACAAGAAAUUAGUCAUAUGUGAGCAUUGUAAGAAGCCAGGACAUUCAGCCAAUAAGUGUUACAGACUUGUUGGAUUCCCAAAAGAUUUCAAGCUCAAUAAGGCAAAGAAGAUAGCAGCUCACACCUCUACUGGUGAAGACUCCACAGGAAAUGAAGAGAACAUUACUAAUCAAAGCACUGAUACCCUUUUCAAUCAGUUCAUCCAAUUCCUCAACACAGUGCAAGUCAGCAACCAAGGUUGUAGAGCUGCAGAUGAUCCUAAAACCCAUGCAUUUUCUGCUCACAUGGAAGAUUCUUUCUUUGACAGUGACAAUAUGUCACCUUCCAUACCUGAUGACAAUCUACAGCCUUCUUCCAUAUCCACAAAUCCUUCUCAUCCUUCCUCUAUUUCACAUUCUGCCAUUCCUAACCCUAAUUCCAAUUCUAUCAACUUACCUUCACCAUCUCAUUCGUCAUCUGGAAAUGUGAUACUUGGUGGUAACGGGGCCUCUGAAUCUGCAGAUGACGACCUGCCUAGUGACAUGACUUGUGCCAGUUACUUGAAACUGCCUCUAAUGACGAAAUCACCCAAUUAACUACUUCUGCUCUGUUUUGGAAAUCAAUGGAUCGAAUCGCACAAGUGUAAGAAGAACAUAGAUACCUUAGAUACUGAGAGAGGGAGAGUGGAAUUAAUUAGCAGAAGAUUC